ACCAAAAAAUUGCUGGAUGUAGAUUGUAAUGAAAAGCGCUAUAAAAUAAAAUUACAAGCUUUUUAUAUAAAUAAACAAAUCACUAAAAAUGUUGGAAGUCCUUAAUGGUUUUCUCCUGGUCUACUUUGUUAUUUUAUGUACACUUAGUGCUAUUGUUCCGCUGUUAGUAAAACCUAUAUCAGCAUGUUUCUCCAGGCCAUCAAAUGAAGAACGAGAAACAUUAUCAGAAAUUGUGAGGCUUAAAGCUGAACAAAGCAAUAUUUCAAUAAAAGAGGAGUUUGCUGCGUAUUCAAAAUUGCAAAGGAAGAUUCUAAAGUUGGAGACAUUGUUGAAAGACAACUCACAGUCAAGAAUCAGUAAGAGCUUGGCUAUAAAAGGUUCAGUACACAUAAUACUUCAAGUAGUAAUUGCUUUACUAAUUGUUGUGUCAGUGAUAUGGUUCAGGAGAGAACCAAUAGUUGCCAUCAAGGGUAACCUGUAUCCAAUGACUAGCAUCCUCCAGUAUCCUAGUGAUACCCCGAACGCUAUAUCAACACAUAUUUGGGUGGUUAUAUCCAAUGUAUCUAUUAGGUCUCUGAUCAAACCUUUUCUAUGACAAAACUCAGAGGUAUAGCGGUAAUCUGAGUGAGGCUCAAGCUAUUCAACAAACAAAUGUUUGUGUCUGUAAAGUUGUGACUGUUUUCUUAACUUAUAAAACAAAUAUUUUUCAUAUUAAAUUGAAUAAUAAACAGAGAAAUA